AUGUCUCAGAAUAACUUCUUUCCAAACGUCCUGCGACUAAAUGACAUAUGGGAUCUUGAUCGUGACCCGAGCUCUUGGGAACACCACAUCGGAAACGAUGUCAAGUUUCGAACUCGAAGCACAGAUAACUACCUCUACAAGCUGAGGCUGAUGUGGACGGAUCACUCACAGUUGCGACAGUCCUCUAGUUGUCCUAUUUUCUGGCCAAGGCACUACGGAGGAGGUGAGAGUUCAUGUCAAGCUGUCCAUCCUGGAUGGCUCGCUUGUGUCUCAGCUAUACCACCAUCUACCCUGCCGUUUGCCUCAGGUGCCUAUUACAAGCUCAAAGUUUCGGUGAACCCGGAUGCAUUGACAGGCCCCGCAAUCGCAGAGAUGCCGAUUGACAUAGUCACAAGACACAUACCGGUAGCAGGGCGCAUUGGGAACGAACCGAUGUCAAGAGCACGAGCCUUUAAGCAGAAGAAUCUUAAUUGA